AUGACUGAAAAUGAUUUUGACCCUGGACCACACAAUGGACCCACUUCAAGUCCAUUUGGGUAUGCGCAACUCUCUCCUCCGUAUUCACCUGGUUCUAAGGAGUGCACUCCUUCGGUUGCUGUGCCUCCGGCACUCCAGCAAAGCAGUUCGACUUAUGUUGGAGAUUAUCACAGGGGUAGUAAUUUGCCACAUGGCCCAUUCCAUUCUGAUAUCGCAGUUCAUCCUACAAGUACUUUAGCAGCAAGUGCGUCUCCAAGUACAUCCAAACAAUAUGACUUUUUGAUACACAACACUCAUCUCAACGAGAAAUAUGUCAACCGUUCUCUGCCGAAUACGAAAAAUGAUGGCGCUAAAAAAGUUGCUAAAAGAAAACAGACAGGACAAAAUGAAGAACGCAAAAAGCGAUUAAAAUUGACUGAACAACGGAAUUCUCUCAGUCCAAUCAAUGAUGAUGUGCCGCAGGAUUCUUUUUGUGAUGAAGAUUAUUUAGAUGAAAUUGAAGGAGAAGGUACAGCUCGCCCGAAAAUAAUUGACAAAAACACAUACCAAACGGAGCCGGGCUGGUUAACUCCACGGGUGAACAAAAGAGGAGUCACACAAAUAGUUAAAUGUAAAAAGUGUAAAAUGCCAUUUGACACCAAAGUUAAGUUGUGGACUCAUCAGAAAGAGACUCACUUUAAUUCAAAGAAAAUUAUUCGAUGCCCCAACUCGUACUGUGAGUUCGUAACCGACGUGAAACACCAUUUGAGUACCACAUGUAUAGGCACACAGGGAUAAAACCUUUCAGGUGUGAACUGUGUGUGUAUCAUUGCAUUAACCAGGCAAUGCUGAAGAGUCACAUGAAAUCCCACUCAAAGACUUAUGAAUACCACUGUGCUGACUGCCAAACAAAAUUCAA